GUUUAUCAGAUUCGUGCCACGAAGUAAUUUUCGGCAAGCGGGUAUAUAAUGCUGCAGUAAAUAAAACAAAUAUAUUCAAUGUUUCUUUAUCAUCGAGAAUAUUCAUAUAAUUAUUAGAUUAAACUUUUUAUUCACUAUAAAAUCACUAUUGAUUCUCGAUUUUUUUUAAUAAUACUACGUGGCAAUGAGGACAUGAGUAACUGUGAUAAGUUAAUAUGUACACAUGUAGUCUUUUUUAAUAGCUACUUUUAUCUAUGAAUGAAUGCAUAUAAUUGACUCGAAUAUUCGUACAGUACUGCCAAUAUAAACGUAAUAUUAAUUAUUUGUUGUUCAAAGAUAUAUCAUUUUUUAUCAAGUUUAUUGAUUUAAUGAUUUUCAUAAAUUUUAAGUGAUUACAUAAAAUAUACCGAUUUUAUUAAAUAAAUUGAAAUAAAUAUGUCAGAAAAGAAACCAAAAAUAAUUGUUUUUGACUUAGAUUAUACGUUAUGGCCUUUUUGGGUUGAUACACAUGUAACACCUCCAUUUAUAAAACGGAAAAAAGAUGAAAUAGUGGAUGCACAUGGUCAGAUUAUACGUCAUUACAAAGAUGUACCUGAUAUACUAAACAAAUUAUCAGAGGAAGGAUAUGAACUUGGUGUAGCAUCACGUACUUCAGAAAUCAAAGGUGCUAAACAAUUGUUGAACUUACUAGAUUGGGAGAAAUAUUUUAAAUAUAAAGAGAUAUAUCCAGGUUCCAAAACAACUCAUUUUUCACAGAUUAAAAAAUUAUCUAAUGUUGAAUAUAAAGAUAUGAUGUUUUUUGAUGAUGAACAAAGAAACAUAUCUGAUUUAAAUAAAGUAGGAGUGUUGUCUAUAUUAGUUAAAAAUGGUAUGACACAUGAAGUUAUAGAUCAUGGAUUAAAAAAAUUUUCCAAAUUAUAAUCACUGUAUAUUUUGAAACAUCAUAUUGUAAAUAAUACUGUAUAUACAUAUUUUAAGCAGCAAUUUAUAUAUUAUGUAUAACUUCAUUCUUAUUGCUUAAAAUAUAUGAUAUAUGUUAAAUAUAUCAGUUUAAGAAAAUACAAUAAUAUAAAUUUUCUUU